AUUCACGAAGCCACUUCUGGUGCAUGCUAAGAGUGUCACGUGUCGACGUGUCGAUUGACACAACGCCCCCAGUGUAUGUUGCCUUUUACCGUUUGGGUUCCAUGUCUACAGGCAAAAUCUAAUGAAAAUGCAUUCUGUGGUCUGCUGUGUCGCUGUACUUGAUGGGAAUUUGAAGGCAAAGGGUACAUACAGUCUACAGUGCAUGGACUGCGGUGGUGCUGGUAGGGAGGCGAGGCCAGUUUCUAAAUUACCCUUAAACAACUUUCCUUAAGUACUGUAAAACUAGACUUAAUGUUGACAUGUCUUCAUCAGUUUUAAUCCACUGUCUUUUUUUGAGAAUUCAACAUUAUCUAUGUUGUUUAGAUGUGGGCCACUGGGUCCUGCAAACCACAAGGCUAAGAGGCAAUGUGAUUAUCACUAUCAUGUGAUCUACCACUGGGGUAUGAAAGAGGGCAUUAUAUAAGCUGUAAGCAGUUCUCAGAGGUUUUCAUGCACUGAGAAAAUACAAGGGAUUCUCUUCUGCUUGAAUUUAGCACACAGGGUCUGUGAGCAGCUUCCCAGAGUACUGUCUUCACAGUGAGCUUCAGAAGUACAAGUGGAGAGGAACUGAAGGGCUUACUGUGCUUGAGUUGUUGCCAUGGAUCAUCAUACUUCAGGCCAACACAAUCAAUGCAGUCAUGCCUUGAGUUUUCAGUGGCUUUCUUUUGCUUACCAGAGCUUGACAGAAAUCCCUUAUGAAACCAUACUAACACAGAAAGACACCCUGGAGGUACUGGAUCUGAGUUACAAUCUGCUGGAUGAGAACCCGGCACUGCUGGGUCAGCUGGAAAGGCUCAGCACUCUGAUUAUGGACUGCAACAACUACACGUCUCAUGUCAAGUUCCCCUAUAUGCCCAGUGUCACCACAGUGUGCAUCAACAAGAACAAGAUCAACAAUCUGCCUGUGUUUGUGGAAGAAAUCCGACAAAAGUUCCCAAACAUCAAGAUCCUCAGUAUGAUGAACAAUGAGGCAGCACCUAGCUAUUUCAAUGGAGGAAGUCUGACCCAGUACAAAGACUAUAGACAAUAUGUCAUCAGUCAGAUUCCAGGUCUGGAGAUUCUGGAUGACACUGAGGUUAUGGAGAAGGAGCGAGCCCAGGCUAGAAAAACCUAUGGACUGCAGCAGAGCAGUCACGGCAUCAGAAAGAGGAAGGAGGCUUCAUCCAGGAAACACACACAUGAAGCAAACGGCAAAUACUGUCCUAGAGCAAUAGCUCCUGGGGAUUCCAAUGGCUUCAUCUUCCACCUCACAAGCCUUUAGCGAACAUUCAGCACCCCGCUACCUGUCAGUAACUUUAGUGACUGAUGUGAUCACACACAAUCUCUCCUGGAAUCCUCACUCCUAACAUUCAGGCAGAGGAAGGCAGCCUUCCAGCACCAACCAUACGAGCAAGCAAAAAUUAAGAGAAAAAAAAUGUCAUAGAGUCAUUAAAUUAAAAAGUGAGAAGACGUUCACUCUUUGUAGGGCUUGAGGAAAAAAUAUCUAAAGGCAGAAUUUUCUCCUCUUAUAAAACAUGACCAGUCAAAUGACUGACUUAUUGCAUAUUUGUUGGGGCUGUGAUAAAUGUUUGUCUUGCUUUCACAUGAAGACUAGCUCAAGGCUCCUUAAGUUCAAACAAAGGGCUUUUCACAAUGCUAGUAGGUCCAAGUGAUGAAGACUGAAACAGCUUUGGAAAGUAUACAUCAGGAUAUCCUAACAGGGACCUAAAGGUACUCAAAGGGGCUCUGACAAUGCUUGUCAUGGUUAUUUAUAUAUAUAGGCUAUAGAGCCACGCCUGUAGAUAGUUAUUAUGACAUAAUGGACAUUCUAAACCACUGGGUAGACUUACAUUAUUGCCUACAGGAAUACUCACCUUUAGCACUGGACAUAUUUGAACUGAAACAUUCAGGAGGAAGGACUUGAUUACUUUCUGAUCCAGCUGGAAUCAUUUCAAUAAAAGGAAUUUAUGAUACUGUACAUACUGCAUUCUACCAUACCAGACAGGACCCCAGGUGCAGGCUG